AGUCAGCGAUCAUCGGUCGCCGCCAGUGGUCUCGUGAUCGUGCCGAGCGCGCGUUACUGACUAUUGCCGAUCAGCUUCAUAACAAAAUAAGAUGAGGAGUCUGUUGAUAUUGUUCGUGUUGGCGGUAUGCUACGGGGUCCUCGCCAAAAACAAGAAACCCGAUGAUAGAGUGAAGAUAGCUGUGUAUUACGAGUCGCUGUGCCCCGACAGCAAGAAAUUUAUAACGGAACAAUUGGCGCCUGUGUGGCACGAACUGCGCGGCGCUAUCAAAGUCAAACUUGUGCCGUAUGGAAAGAGCACGCACAGCCAGGGUGAAGAUAAAUGGAAUAUCAUGUGCCACCACGGACCCGAUGAAUGUCAUGGAAACAAGGUGCAAGCUUGCAUCCUGAGGAACCACAGCCUCCUGGACACGGAUAAGAUGGCCCUGAUCAUCUGCCUCAUGGGACAAGCGCAACCUGACAAGGCACUGGACACUUGUUUAGCUCAGGUGAAGAAGGAAAGUGUAACGGAGAGGUUGAAGCACUGCUCGGACGGGCCGGAGGGCGACGCCAUCCUCGCCAAUAACGGAGACAAGACCGCGCGCGUGCAGCGACCGCUCGCAUUCGUGCCCACCAUCAUCAUCAACGAGAAAUUCGACCAAGCCAACCAAGACGAGGCGUUGACCAACCUGAAAGCGGUCGUGUGCCGCAACGCCGUCACCAAGCCGGCCAGCUGCUGAUUUUAUAAUAUUUGUAUUAAAUAAAUAAAAAUAUUUUUUAAGACAUAACAAAUAAAUUAUUUUUAU